AUGUGUGAACAAGAAUGCAAGCACGAAGACACCAUGUGCAACGUGCCAUAUCGAAGUGCUGUCGGAGGCAUCAUGUAUCUCAUGGUCGCCACACGUCCGGAUCUAGCUGCUGCAGUGGGAUCAUUAUCCCAGUUCUCGUCCGACCCAUGCCCGACUCACUGGCAAGCUUUGAAGCGUGUGCUGAGAUACCUGCAAGCAACGCCCAAUCAUGGUCUUGAGUUUACACGUGAAGAAGGAAGCCGUAUCUGCGGGUACACCGACGCAGACUGGGCCGGCGACAUUGAGUCAAGACGAAGUACAAGCGGAUAUGUGUUCAUGAUGAGCGGAGGAUGCAUCAGCUGGAAAAGCCAGAAACAACGGACGGUCGCGCUAUCUUCAACAGAAGCAGAAUACAUGGCGCUUUCCGAAGCAACCAAAGAAGCAGUAUGGCUCAAAGUGCUUUUGGGGGAACUUGGUGAGAUGACAAGCGACGAAGCGAUCAAGAUGUAUGAAGACAACCAAGGAUCAAUCGCUCUCGCCAAGAACCCGGAGUUCCAUAAGAGAACAAAACACAUCGACAUACGCUACCAUUUUGUGCGUGAGAAGGUGGAAUCAGGUGAAGUCGUUUUGGAGUAUUGCCCGACUCAAGAUAUGCUGGCAGACAUGAUGACCAAGCCGAUCGCCGCUGUACAAUUUGAAAACAUUCGCGAUCGACUUGGGAUCCAAGGUGCCGCAGCUAACGAGUCGAGAGGGAGUGUUGAAAAGACAGCGGCUGUGAAGAAGACACCUCGUCAAGCUGCGUCAAGUGUUGAAGCAAGUGGAAGACCAAGCUUCGCUAUACCGGUGGGUACCGGUAUGUACCAGUAA